CAAAUACAAAUACAAAAAAGAAAAAAAAAAAAAACUCUUUCUUUUUUACUUUAGAAAUGCUUAAUUCAGAAGAAGAAAAGAAACGCUUUCAGAUUGAACUUGAAUUUAUACAAUGUUUAGCAAAUCCUUGGUAUUUAAAUAAUCUCGCGCAACAACAGUAUCUCAAAGAUCCGGCGUUUAUUAAUUACCUGAAAUAUUUGCAAUACUGGAAACAGCCAGAAUAUGCAAAAUUUGUAGUAUAUCCUCAUGCCUUGUACUUUUUAGAUUUGUUACAACAUGCAGAAUUUAGAGAUUACAUCAGUACGUCAGAGAAUACCCAGGAAGUACACAGAAUGCAAUAUUAUCAUUGGCAAUUUCUACGACACUCUCCUGUCCCAUCUAGUCCCAAUAACUUUAUAUCCAACGCUGAAAAUAAAGAGGUAAUUGAGUAAAGCGCCUUAUUCUCUAUGAAGUAUUCCCAAAAAAAAAAAAACCAAUGAGACGGCCUGUAUUUAUCAUACAAUCAAUUAACAGCAAUAAAACAGACUACACUUUGUGUAGUUCAGUGCAUUGGUAAUUCGAUUCGUUAUGUAGGAAGCAUGUGAUAGCUCAAACAAUGGAUCCUUGUAAUAAAAUCUAAGCAUAGCCUGUUGACCUUGUAGCAUUUAAAAGA